AAUAAACUAGGUGAUAAAUAACUUUAUGAAUCUCAUUAAUCUGAGAGGGAGUGUGUGUCAUAGCAACGUGAUGCCUCAAAACAAAAGAGCAUGGGAGUAGGAUCUUCAAGGAGCUCUAGCGUCACUUCUCUCUCACAAGAGCAAGAGGAAACUCAAAGCAGACGAAGAGGAAGACGUAGAAAAUGUAAAGAAGCAGUAGACGACAUCCCAUCAGAUGAUGAGCCGUCUCUUUCUCCAAAGAGGCAAAAGAUCCAACAUACAUCUACAUAUAUCUAUGACACGUUUUUCUUAAAGGGAACAGGAUCAGAUGUCACUAUCAAAGCAUUGGGUAGGGAGUGGAAAUUACACAAGACAUAUCUAAAACAGUCUCAUUACUUUAGUAGUAUGUUUAGUGGGCAUUGGAUGGAGUCCGAACUUCCCGUCAUUCAAAUAGACAUACCUGAUGCCAACAUUACUACUGAUGCACUGGACAUUGCUUUCUCGUCUCUUUACAAAGAUUCUGUUCAUUUGAGUGAUUCAAUUGUUAUGUCUACAGUAGCAGCAGCAGCAAUGUUGCAAAUGGAUGGGCUCAUUGAACAUUGUAAGCAGUUUAUGAAAGAGACUAUAGGUUCUGAUAAUGUUGUACCAUAUUUGAGAACAGCAUCAGAAUAUGGACUACUAGAAAUUAAAAAUGAUUGUCAGUUUUGGCUCCAAACUCACUUACUAACUGAAUACACAGUAACAAUGCUUUUGCAUCUCGAUGCUGAGAUGCUAACAGAGUUUAUCAUUAGUCCUGAUCUUUUUGUCAUACAAGUAGAAAUGGAUGUUUAUUCACUUGCUAAAAAGUGGUUAUUUUUACAUUCUCAUCCACAAUGGGAUGAGUGUAUUUCAAAGUUAAGCUCUGCAGCAGACAAUUUCUUCCGACAGAGAGAAGGUGAAGCUCCAUUCCUCAAUACUGAGAGAGGGUCCCCUUACAGUCAAGUGUUUCGCUCCAUUCGACUCCAGCAUAUUUUAGCUGAUCCCGUCUCCAUUGGUGUACUGGAGAAAGAUAAUAUCAUUCCGCAAGAGUGGCUGAUGCCACUCUUUAGACAGCAGUGGUUAAAGAUGAUAGCAGUUGAUCAGAGAACUGAUCCUGGUCCUUCUGUGAUGACAAGUGAAGAGUUUAAUGAGACUUCCAUCAGAUGUGGGAGGAUACUCAAAUGUUCUGAUGAGUAUUGCUGGAGAUGGACCGGUUUCUCGUUUGGCUUUGAUAUUAUUCUCUCGUUUAAUAACAAGAUAAUAUCAGUGAAAAGAAACACCCGUAGUCAGCCUUGCUUAUCGGCCGUCAGUUUACAAAAUGUUCGCCCGCUUUCACUGAGGCUAAGAAUAGCAUCGUUCAGUGAAGGCGAAGGUGGUAUAUCCUCCUCUACUCAAGACACUGGUAUUAUACAGUUAUCACUGACUCCAGAUGAAACUGCAUAUAUACUCACAGUGGACAGCGAAGCACAGUUCCCAUUAUACAUCAGUUUUGACUUUUCGUUAACAUCACACAACACAAGCUCAUUAGUAUCAUCAUGAUGAAUAAUUAUUUUAUCAGAAGAAAUGAUUAAUAAUUUAAUUCAAAGUUAUUUUGAUAGAUCUA